UGACUGAUUUAUCAAGCGGAACGUUUUAACGCGUAAUCAUGGCCAGCGGACUCCAGCUCCUCGCGCUCCUGAUGCUGCUGCUGCUGCUGCGCGAGAGCAGCUCAGCUGUUCAGAACGACGCCACAGAGUCGGGCAGUUUUCAGCCAGACCCUCAGAGCCAGGAUCAAGCAGAUGAUGAAGAUACAAACCAGGCCAGGCACGGCGGGAGGGUCCUGGCUGAGGCUGCGCGUAACGGCCCAGACCAGAGCCAGGUGGAAUGCCGGGAACUGAGAUCCACAAAGUACAUCUCUGAUGGUCAGUGCACCAGCGUCAACCCCAUCAAAGAACUGGUGUGUGCCGGGGAGUGUCUGCCAGCUCUUCUGGGGCCCAACUGGAUCGGGAUCGGUGGUCUCAACAAGAGAUACUGGAGCCGUCACGACGGUCAGGACUGGCGCUGCGUCAUAGACCGGUCCAGGACCCAGCGGAUCCAGCUGCAGUGCCACGACGGCAGCACCAGGAUCUAUAAAAUCAACGUGGUGACCUCCUGCAAGUGUAAGCGCUUCACCAGACAGCAGAAUGACUCAGGACACAAGGACACCUCCACCCCGGGUGGGAAACAGAAGAAAAACCCGGAGAAGGUCAGACUGCCUGAGGGGUUUGAUGAAAUACAGUCUGACAACUAAAACUCAGGUUCACUGCAGUCCCAGGUUUUCAUCGUCAAGCUUCUGGAUGAUUCACAAAGUCCAAAAAUCCACCUAUAGACGUAUAAAAACUCUUCUUCUGCUUUCUAACUGUGAUACAGAAAGAAAUCUGUUAAACACUGUAGAAUAAAACAGGGAUAAAAGAGUGAUUACAUCAGUCACACAGCAACACAACUCUGAUUUUGACCUGAAUCUGUGUAAUGUAUAAAAACAAACUAAAAGGUUUAAUCCUUCAGUCAGUGGCGGAUCUAGGAGUAAGGGGCCAUCAAGGAGCCACCAUAUUCCUGAUGGGGCCAGUUCUUUGUUCAACAUGCUUUCACACAAAUCCCCAGUUUCGUUAAGGUGUAAACAUUUAACCAGUCAUACAGAGGAUGCUAAACUGCAUUUCACUGUUUUAACACUCUCCUUGAACAUUGUUUUUAUCAGCGACAAUAAAGCUAUUCUAUUCUAUUCUAUUCUAUUCUAUUCUAUUCUAUUCUAUUCUAUUCUAUUCUAUUCUAUUCUAUUCUGGUAUCAGCCAGCUCUGGGAGAGAGUCUGUUUUUUUCUUUCCUAUUAUUUUUUUACCGAGUGGUUGAAGUCAGCCUAGCGCUUUCAGCACAAACAAACACGCCAUGAGUUUCUCUCGGUUUGACUAUCUUUAU